UAAUAUCUUUUAAAACAGUGCGCGGGGUGCCGUUUGGUAAUGCGACGCAAACACAACAGGAAAAAAUAUUGAUAAGUCCUUUUCAGACUGUUGCUAUGUGGCGCAUAUGUCAAGUCUUUCCGUCGUGAGGACAACUUUUUCCGACAUUAUCGAAGGCUUCAGGAGUCGACAUGAAGUGUUUGAAAGUGGAAGAGUACAUCAAAAGGACCUCUUCCGUUGAAGAGACGACGCUGUUGUACCAGGAAUUGGAGAAAUACACUAGUAGUAAUCAUGGACAACAUGCACGUCAGCUGUAUGACAGAAUUCUCAGAGCUUGUAACCACCAGCUUGGGCUUGGAUCCUGUUACUUUAACCACAUCAGCGAGUUAGUGAGGCUGGUUGAGCUGGCUCUUCAUGCUUUCUAUAAGUCUGCUGAGAUUGUGCCGCAAAGCGGUCCAUUAUAUAUGGAGAAGAUCCUCUUCCAUAUUGUCAAAAACCUGGUGUCCCUAGGAUCACACUCUCUGUGCCGUGAUUUGGCUGGAUUGCUUUACAAUAAAUUGUCCCUGGUACAUCAGGUUGGAGAGGAUUACACUGUUCUUGUACGGAGCUGUUUCUCUGUAUUUUGGAAUGCCCUUUCUGCUGCUAAAGAAAGGAAAUUACCUUGCCCGAAAGAAAAUCUACACUUGCAGCUGCAAGCAGGGAGCUUCCUACUGUUGCUUGACUCUGAACCUGCAGGUCCUGCUUUCUCUAAAAGCUCAGCAUACAUGAGUGAUGCCAUUUCUGUGUUUAACAGUACCUGCAGCCCGCUGACCACAGAGGAUGCAUCUUUUCUCCUGAAAGAAAUGGAAGCGGUUUUCAACAGAGCUUUAGCUUGCAGUCAGACCUGUAAAGGAGGGGUGGAAAAGAAAGCUUUGGAGAUGUCACGUUUGUAUGUGAUUUCUGAAACGAUGCUGCUUGUAGUGAAGUCAGUUUGUAAGGCUGGUCACCACAGUCUAGCCUACACCUUCUUAGAUGAAAUUGAGAAGAAGAUUUUGAACUGCAUUGGCUCUCAGUGGAUACCGCUGGUUCUUGGCAGAUGGGGAGUAAAGAUUCACUCAUCUCUGACAGCUGGCAAAGAAGGUGGUCAGGCUUUCACAGAAUGUGCUAGAAUCCUGAGGGCUCUGUCAGCUGAGGUGGGCCACAGCGAGUGUCACGCAGUUCUUGAAGGUUGUAAUCUGGUGAUAUGGGCUGUUGGAAGCGGACGCAGCAAAGGCCUAAGUGGACUAGAGCUGCUUGCUCUGUUUUCUUUUCUGGAGGAGCAUCAAGAGUGGUUAAUUAAAAUGCUUAACAAGAAUUCAGAAUAUCAGGCUGAGGGCAGCAAGCUGCGAAAGUCCCUUUACUCGUGCCUUUACCACAGCUUCGUGUUUGCCAAUGGGAGCAUGGUCACAUCACAGUUGGAGGACAGUGAAACGCUGGACAGGGUUCUGCUCUACUGCCAAGCAACAGCUGGGUUGCUGAUGAAUGAACUUCACAAGUUGUCUAAUGAAAGCCUUCUGAACGAAUCAGUGACUGCUGUGAGCAAUAUGGCUUGUGGGAUGUACAAGAAAGGCCUCUAUGAGCAGGCCUUCACGCUGGUGGAAAUUGUCUGUAGAGCUGUGUGCAAAUAUUUCCCAAGCCAACUUUCUGCUGACAGGUUAAAACUACCCUUCAUGCUGGCUGUGCAAACUUCCCGGCGGGCUGGACAACUAGAACGAGCGCUAGAUUGGGUCAUCCUGUGGCUGAAGGCCCUUGGGGACCAGAUCACCACUCACAUGGCUGAACCUGUCUCCUUUUGGGUCAAAAUAAAGGGUGAUGGUGCACUUAACAAUAACGAGGACUUAAGACUCAGGACGUUACGGGAUGGUUUUGGUCCUGACAUUCCUGAGGAGAAAGUCAUGCUGUGCCUUUUGGAUGAAGAGUUGCGUGCCUAUAAGGAGUCAACAAAGGACAUGGCUCAAGAACGUUACAACACACUCUGUGAUUUAUUGGAGAUAUGCCACGAGGAGAGCUCCUAUUCCCAUCUACGUGCUGUCUACCUCUGUGAAAUGGCACAAGUGGUGUGUUUCCAGGACUUCAGCGAGCAAACUGACUGCAUGGCAGUUGAUUUUACCCAUGAAGCUUUACGACUUCUUGAUGAAGAACCAGAGACUCCAGAAAAUGCUGACAGGCUGAAAGAUGAUAAAGCACAAGCCUUACUCUGGCUUUAUAUCUGCACUUUGGAGAAGAAUAUGCAGGAGGCCAUUGAGAGCGAUAGAAAACGGAGAGAGCUCCAAGAAAAUACGCUGUGUGUCACUGAUCCUGUGGGCAACAAUGAUUUUGAUUAUGAAAACAAGAAGAAGACACAAGAGAGUGCUCUGUUGUACGAAGGGCUCAAUUUUAAUCUAAAUGCUGAAAAGAAGCUGUGUCAGCCACUGGAGCAGGCUCUGACCAUUUGGACUGACCUUUUUAAGAAUCAAGCCAUGCCUGGUGUUAGAAACACCAAGCAGACCUGCAGCUCUCUAUCUAUAGCUGCAGCUCUAUUCAGACUCAUUGGAAAGCCACUGAAGGCUUUGGAGGCGUACCAGCUUGGAAUAAAAUUUUCCCAUGAACUUGCUGAUAGCCGUAGUUAUGCUGCCGCUCUCUGUCAAUCUGCCAGCAUUCUCCUGGAUUUGGGCUCUCCUGAACUGGCUCUGGCCCAGAUAGAGGAAGCUGAGAAAACACUUGCUUCUGAAACCACCGAUGAUGGUCCUUCAGCCCUUUUCAUGCUGGUUGUCUUGUUAAAGGCUCAGUACUUCUACAUCACAGGACAAAUCAGUGAGGGAGUCCCUUAUCUGUGUCAGGUGCUUAAAGAAGUAAAUAACCAAAAACCGUCUAAGAGCUGGUACCUGCUGCGUGCACAGACUCUGCAAGCCCUCAGCUCUUAUUUGAAUUUAGACAUUGUUCAACUGCCACAAGCCCAAAGAAGCCUAAUUGUGCAGCAUGGUAUAAGUUCCCCUGAUUCUUCCCUAUAUGAGGCAUUGAAGCUGCUCUGUAGCCUGCUGGUAACUUUAGUGGGAAAAGGCCUUUAUGGGAACACAUCAAAUAACGCAGAAGUGCACUUCAUCCAUCAAGGAGACAACCUUGUGGUGAAGUGGCAGCUGCUCUCACAACUCCUGAGCUGCUCUGCAAAGCUGGUCGCUGUGAGACGCAGCUCUGGGGCCAUUAACGAUGCCAGACUCCAGUGUUUAGAAGCCCUAAAGCUAGCCAUCAAGCUACAAGCACUCAACCACUGUGUUGAGCUCUUGGUGGUUAAAUCAGAAUUGGAACUGAUGCAGGGAGAAGCAGAAGAAAGUCGAUCCAAUCUGGAUUUUGUCAAAACCAUUCUGGAGCAAGACACGGAUUUGUCAGAUCAGGUCAAAAGGACAGAUGUUAAAAUUAAACCAAGAAAAGGUCGUCCUGCUCAAAGACCUCAGUCCCCAGUUCCAUUCAUGGAAGAUAAUCUGAAGGAAGAUGAUCUAAAGGACUUCUUGAAGACCAGGUGGACUGUUAAAGAAGUUGUAUUGAAGAGCGUGGGCUCUUCCCCUCCAUUGAAAGCCCCAACUCUGCGCUGGCUCUCCUCCCUGUCCCAUGAACUGGGUUGUCAAUUGCCCUGCUGCUCAGAGCCAUGUUUAGGUCACGCCUCUGCUCGCUGGGCAGCCACACGGGCAGACCUUUCUAUUCAGCUUGAGCCAAACAACCUCAGCAUUCCUUCAAAACUUCACUGGGCAGCCUUAGUUCGCUGUAAAAAUGUAACAAGACAACUUCAAGAGAAGCUGGCUCAGCUCUUCCCUGACCCUGCAAGAAGCAGCUCCAAACCCUCCCUGAUGCAGGACGUGGAGGGUCGUGUAUACCUGAGUAUGGCUCAGACUGAACUCCAAGCAAAGGCCAACAAGGUCUGUGGCUUAUGGAAAAUACUAGAAGCUGCCUUUGCCUUCCUUGAUUCCACAGUCUCUCCUGACCUUAGACCUGUAAGAGCGCAUUUGAUGGCAACCAAAGCCAUGGCAUCACUUAUGGUUUUGGCUGCAAAAAAAGGCUGCCGACCCGAGGAACUAUUUUCAAACUCCUGGGUGUGGAAUACACCAAAGGAGCACAAGGGAAUCAAGUCAGAGCAGAAAUCAGCUCCACCCUCCAAAAUAAAAAAGCCCAAAGCUUCUUUAAAACAACCCGAUAUUGCAGAGCAAAAGCAGGAAUCAAAAAAAGUCAAUGCCGUCAAACCCAAAAUUCAAGUUACUAGCUCCUCAACUAAAGGAAAGGUCCAUGUUCCCAUGACACCUGUAACUGCCAAGUCCAAGUCUGCUUCUGGAGUUUUUGAUUUCAACACAGCUGUUCCUACUUUGGCUUUCACUCCUGUUCAGAAGGUCAAAUGUCCUGCUUCAGUGCAGAAGUUACCAAGAGCUCCUGUCAAAGUGCAGUUUCAAGUGUAUGAAGAAGUGUCAGAUAAGGUCCCGCCAGUGCCUGCUGCUCCCAAACGAACAAGGAAGGCACGCUACAAGGUAGAAUUCAGUGAUGAAAGUGACUCAGAAGCAGCUCCCCAAGCACAGUGCAAAGGGCCUGAUGAAGUCCCUAAAAAGCAAAGCAGUAGAAGAGCUAAUGCUAAAAAAACUGUGAAUCCACCUGCAGAGAAGGUCGCCCCCAAAAGGCAGAGCAAUGCAAAAAGGAACGUCACUGUGCCUUCUCUGACCUCAUCUGAAGACGAGGCUUUGCUCUGUAAGCCAGCAGCAUCUGGCAGAAGAGGAAGAAGCCGAAAACAGCCAUCUAAGACCGAGGACACCCUGGAAGAGCCUGACUCCAUGAGGACCAUUGUGGAAGAAACUGGGGAAGUUCUCGAUAUAAGCAUUGAGCAGCUCAGGACAUCAGAUGCUGAGGAAGAAGGAAAUGCAGCAGCAAGUAAAGACAACUUUGACUGCGAGGCGCUGCGGAGGGAUAUAUUCUGUUUUGGGAAAGAAGGGGUGUUUGAAAAGAGGCACAUUGACCACCUAAUACAAGAGCUACCAACUAGCAUCUCUCACACAGACAACGGACCAGACGAUCUCUCCUUUGAGGAUGUUCAGUCUCUGCUGCGCUCAGCACUGCUGACUCUGCAGCACUUCCCCUGUCCAAUAGUCUACUCAAACCUCUGUGCUCUCCUCGCCUUGACCACGGGUCAGAGUGACCCUAUAAGUACAGCCUUAUUGCACGCCCAGUCUUUGGGAGUCACCAAUCGUCAUCGUACAAUCCGCCAUAUAUACAAUUCUCGCCAUAAACUGAAGAAGGCAUCCAGUGAUUUAACAGAACAAAUGGAGGCUCUGACUGUAAAUGAGUCUAGUGGGACUGCGUCCUUCACUUCUACUGAACAGAUGCUGUCUCAGAUGGAGGAAAUAUUUUCCUUCCCCACUGCAGAUCUCGGUUCUUUCCCCCAGAACCUGUGCCAAGAGUUUAUCGAACAAAUUCAACAGCUUCCAGCAGGUGUAACUGUGUGUUUGAUGUCUGUGCUUGGAGUGAAACCUGGGGAAAUGGGGGAAAGCAUAAUGCUGUCACGUCUGGAGAAGGACUCUGCCCCCAUCACACUUCAUAUCUCCACUUCUAGACAACAGCUGAACAUUAGAUGCCUGGUGGAGGAGAUGGAAAACAUCUUGGCAGAACAAAAUGUUGUGAGCUGCGUCCUCGACAAAGCAAAGUGGUGGGAUGGCCGCCGAGCUCUUGACUGUCGAGUUCAGCAACUGUUAAAAGAAAUGGAGAGUUUGCUCGGAUGCUGGAAGAGCCUAUUUUUACCACCUUCACUGGAUCCAGGGCUCUCCAAACAGGCGAAGGAGCUCAGCAAGGCUUUAUUGAAGAGAGGAGUCAGUGUUAGUGAGGAGAUGUUGAAGGUUGUGCUUUCAGCCUCUUUGUCCCUUUCUGAAGAAGACCUUAGAAGAUUUGGAUCAGGAUUUGCUCCUAAUUGGGACACAGACUGUGACCAUCUUUUUCACAAAGCAGCGUCUCAGCUCUCUGAGAGAAAUGACACCAGAGGCCAUGUGGUUCUUAUUUUGGACAAGUACCUUCAAAAGCUGCCAUGGGAGAGCAUGUCCUUCCUAAAGUCUCGCUCUGUUAGCCGGAUGCCUUCACUGCAUUCUCUGAUCAGGCUGAACCUUCAGAGGGAGAUGGAUUCUUCUAUCUUGAAAAGCGGAGUGGAUCUGCAGAAGGUAUUUUACGUGCUGGAUCCUGAUGCCAAUUUAAAAAAUGCUCAGGAGCAUUUCAAGGAGUGGUUUGCCAGUAAACCCGACUGGCAGGGUGUGUGCGGCGUCGCUCCUGAAUCAAGACAACUAGAAGAAGCUGUUUCCUCGAAGGACCUCUACAUCUAUGUGGGACAUGGCGCUGGAGUGAGGUUCCUGGACAGCCAGGCGGUCCUCAAGCAGCAGAUGAGAGCAGCUUCGCUGCUUUUUGGCUGCAGCAGUGCCGCUCUGGCUGUUAGAGGCAAUCAGGAGGGACAGGGCAUCAUUCUGAACUACCUCAUAUCAGGAUGCCCCUUCAUUUUGGGCAACUUGUGGGACGUAACAGAUCGGGACAUGGAUCGCUUCACCAAAGUCCUGCUGGAGUCUUGGUUUUGUGCAGGUCCUGGGGCACCUCUGCUGGAGUUCAUCGAUGCCUCACGUCAAGCGACACACCUUAAAUACCUCAACGGAGCAGCACCUGUGGUCUAUGGGCUGCCAAUUAACCUGCAGUAGGACCACCAAGCAAUAAAUACAUUUUGCUCCUGAGCUCUAUCUUUUAUCCAAACCCGUUUUUAAAAAUAUUGUUAAAUUUUCCAGUAAUGUUUUAAAGCUGAAUUCCCGCAUUUAUUUUUUUCAUUUUGAUAAAUGAACUCGCAUAUUAAGUAUUGUUUUUGAUUUAGAGAAUUUUACCAUUUCGAAUGGAGGCAUGCAUGUAGCUUUAAGCCCCUUUGAAUUGUGCAGUUAUGCAUUUUAGUGAGCUGUGAUCUCAUUCUGUUUGUGGCUGACCACUAAACUGUCAGGAAUUAAAACUUCCCUUCAUGUGUUUUUGCAAGAGUAAUGGAUAUGCUCUAAUUACCAAUAGCUGCUGGUUGGUAAAAUAUGCACUAAUGGUUGCUAAUAUUUCUUUUUGUAAAAUCUGAAGCUAUUUUUAUUAAAUCUUAAUCUGGUUUUGGGGUCUGCAGGUGUGGCUUUGGACCAUGAUGUUCAGGAUUAUUUUGCUAAUUUAAUAAAGUGCUGAUUUAAAACCUGGUUUGGCCACAUGGUGGCAGUGUCUCAAAUCAGUUUAGUCAGAAGCAUAAAGUUAUUUGCUCUGCAUGGCAGUAAAUCUCACAGUGACCUGAAUUUAUCACAUAAACCCCAGUCUGACAAACCUAAUUAGUCAAAUUAAAAGGAUUUUAUUUAAAAAUUUAUAACAGGGGUCUUUGAUUCCAGUCCUCAAUGCCCUGCCCCCUCAGAUAAGUAAAGUCAAACAUUUGGGUCAUGAGCAAAGUUAUAAUUUUAGAUCUUUAAUUCUAGUUUUGAGUUGUAACAAUUUUUUUCUCUAAUUCAGUUAAUAAACAAGGCCUUUCUAAAUAAUGUAAAGUUUAUUAACUAUUUUGAUAUUAGAUUUUAAGUU